GCAGGGGUCCAGUAUCUGCUCUGUAAUCUGGAAAGCGCCCUCUUUUACUUUCUCCCAUCACUCAGGAAAUCAAAAUGGCUGCAGAGAGUGAAGUAGCCAGCAGCGUUCUCGGCUGGAUCUCCAUUGCUUGCUGGAUAAUUGUCUAUUCUCCCCAGAUCCUAGAGAACUAUCAAUUACAAAGUGGAGAAGGAUUAUCCUUACUAUUCGUGUAUGUCUGGCUACUCGGAGAUCUUUGCAACCUGGUAGGUGCGGUGAUGGGCGAACUACUGCCCACUGUCAUCCUUCUAGGAUUAUAUUACACUGUUUGCGAUUCGAUACUAUUGCUGCAAGUUUACUACUAUCGUGCGAAAAGGCGAAGAGCUACCGCAAUAUCAUCACUGGAUACAGAAGAUUUCCCAACUGAAGCUUCGCAUCUAUUAGACACUAGUGCGAUUUCGAAUCAUGCCAGUAGAUUGGAUUCCAUGAAGAAGCGAACUUUGCGAUAUGCUGCCGCGGUUAUAUUCGUCAUUGGCGCUGGCGUCAUGGCAUAUUUUAUCAGUGACUCGUUAUCAAAUGGCACCGAGUCUCCGCAUUCACAGAAAAAGGAGGCCUUAGAUUGGAAGAUUCAAAUCAUUGGUUGGACGAGUGCCGUAUCGUACCUGGGUGCUCGGAUCCCACAGAUUCUCAAGAAUUUGAAGACCCGAUGUGAAGGUCUCUCCCCAGCGUUGUUUCUGUUCGCAAUAAUGGGAAACAUCACCUAUGCCUUAUCAAUAUGUGUUGCAUCUACCGAUCGGGAGUACCUAAUCAAGAAUGCAAGCUGGCUAGCGGGAAGUGCAUUGACGGUCUUUCUCGAUAUCCUGGUCCUCGGCCAGUUUUUCUAUUAUGGCUUGUUUCCCAAGAACACGGAGGCUUUGUCAGGGGGCGUUAUGUCCACUGAAAGCACUUAGAUCAUGACUAGAAUGACCCCAUAACUUAUCUGUCGAGAAUGCAGGGGCGAGGUGUGACGUUUUGCUUAUGAAUUAGAGAAGCUAUCAGCUUAUAGGACUGCGUUUUAUGCUGUAUACCGGAGUUGUCCCAGCACCUAGAUAAAAUGUACAUUGUUUGCUCACUGGGCCACGUUCGCUAUGGUGCUUUUGACCCGGCUGGCUGG